GCCUUCUCAAGACAUACAUUCUCUCGUCACUCAGACCUUCACACACACCUCUGAGCUCUGCAGACAUGAGCAGUAACUUUAGCCACCCGUCCCAGCCGGUGUUCAUGGUGGAUUCUGGCGGAGAUCACCCUAAACAACAUCGGUAUUACCAUCAGCAGAUGCCCAGACACGCAGAGCCACAACUGGUGCCCUGCUGGACGUUCCCCCCUGCCCGAGCUGAGAUGAAGAAAAGGGACUGGGGGAGAAUGAAUGCUGGGAUGGCUUGGGUACUGAUACUGAUACUCCUGCUGAUUUUUGCAGCCCUGGGACUGGGAGCCUAUCAGAUCCAGAAGUUACAGACAGAAGUGCAACGGCUGUCUCAGCAGGAAAUGCCCGCACAGAUGCAGAGCAUCGCUCCACAGAGACAAGUUGGCCCGGAUCCUUCUGAGCUGAACAGGAACAAACAAAAAUCUGCAGCACACUUGAUAGGUCGUGCAGACCAGAGCACAUCAUCUGGAAUUCUGAAGUGGGAAGCAAAACUCGGCGAGGCCUUUACAGAAGGCGUCAAGUACAACAACGGCGGCCUUCAGGUCAACAAGACCGGGUUGUACUUCGUUUACUCCCGUGUGGAGUUUUUUUCGCUCAAGUGCAACCCCAAAGACUUUUACGUUCACAAAAUGCGUCUGCAGAGAAACAGCCACAACCGGACAAUCAUGGAAGAUCACCGAGAAGGCUUCUGUUCAGCAGGGAGCAAUAUGCCGUGGAUGACCGGGAGUAACAUAGGCUCGCUUCAGCAUCUCAAGGAAUCCGAUAGGCUGUUUGUCAAUGUCUCACACCCCCAUCUGCUCAGCAAAAAUUAUCACAGCAACUAUUUUGGCCUCUUCAAGAUCCACUGAUCAGUUAGGGGAUGCUUAGGGCAUGAUUGUGAGUUCAGAUGAAGAGCUCAGCAAUCUCCGGACUACCCUAAGAUCCUCAGAGCUUCAUUGCAAUGCAAUCUGUCUGCUUGGCAUUGUCAAAUCACAUUUGAUUUUGAAUGUAUCGGUUGCCUGUGGCCGUUAAGUUCUUUUGGAAAGUUUUGCAGAAGAGUUUCAGAUUGAAUGAACACUAAUAUGCUUCUGUAUCAGGAGAAAGUAGAUUAAAUCCAAAUAUUUAUUUUCUUUAAAGUCUGAUUGUAUAUUAAUACGAUCAAUGGUCAUAUUGACUGAGUAAUAUAUCAAUAAUGGUUAAUAAAUGUGAUCAA